AUGUCGACCGAAACCCAACAGGCGAAUCCGCAAAUGGAGUUGGAUCCAAAAUAUGACGACUAUGACUUUCCCACGACUGCCCCCGAGAACCAGUCGGGUCAUCCUGGCCAUACGACCAAGGAACAGGAUGCUCAGGUGCACCAGCUGAGGGCUAUGCUCGAAAGAGAAGGCUACACGGAGCGGCUAGACACCCUGACACUUCUACGCUUUCUUCGAGCCCGCAAAUUCAAUGUUGAGCACAGCAAGGCUAUGUUCAUCAAGAACGAGCAAUGGCGAAAGGAGUUUGGCACUGAUGAAUUGGUCCGCACUUUUGACUAUAAGGAACGAGCUCAGAUGUUCCAGUAUUAUCCGCAAUACUAUCAUAAGACCGACAAGGAUGGUCGCCCUGUCUAUAUCGAGCAAUAUGGCAAGAUUGAUCUGAAUGCCAUGUACAAGAUCUCUACUGCGGAACGAAUGGUGCAGAACCUGGUGGUGGAGUACGAGAAGGUCGCCGAUCCACGAUUGCCCGCUUGCUCACGCAAAGCGGGCAAACUCCUUGAGACUUGCUGCACAAUCAUGGACAUGAAGGGUGUCGGCGUUGGGCGAAUUCCAUCCGUCUACGGCUACCUCAAGUCUGUCAGCGCCAUCUCCCAGGACUACUAUCCAGAGCGUCUGGGCAAGCUGUACAUCAUCAAUGCGCCAUGGGGCUUCGCCAGCGUCUUCAGCUUUGUCAAAUCGUUCCUUGACCCAAUCACGGUCGCGAAGAUCCACGUUCUUGGCUCAAACUACCAGAAGGAACUGUUGCAACAAAUCCCUGCCGAAAAUCUUCCCAAGGAAUUUGGCGGCGAAUGUGAAUGCGAAGGGGGGUGUCAAUUCAGUGAUGACGGUCCAUGGAAAGACCCCAAAUAUGCCAAACCGCCUAAAUGGGCCCGGGAGGACCCAGUCACGGGCAAAGACGCUGCAAAUACCGUCCAGCCUGCGCCCACCGAUGGUGCUCAAGAUCCGGUCACGGCAGAUGCCCCUGCUCCCGCUACAGCACCAGCGCAGGCUGAGAACGCCCCGGCCGAUGGACCCAAGAUGCCCUUGGAAGAGACUGCAGGGUCGUAG